AUGGUCAACGGGGGUAUGGUCAUCGGGGGUAUGGUCAACGGGGGUAUGGUCAACUGGGGUAUGGUCAACGGGGGUAUGGUCAACGGGGGUAUGGUCAACGGGAGUAUGGUCAACGGGGGUAUGGUCAACGGUGUGUAUGGUCAACGGGGGUAUGGUCAACGGGAGUAUGGUCAACGGGGGUAUAGUCAACGGGGGUAUGGUCAACGGGGGUAUGGUCAACGGGGGUAUGGUCAACGGGGGUAUGGUCAACGGGAGUAUGGUCAACGGGGUAUAGUCAACGGAGGUAUGGUCAACGGGAGUAUGGUCAACGGGGGUAUAGUCAACGGAGGUAUGGUCAACGGGGGUAUGGUCAACGGUGGUAUGGUCAACGGGAGUAUGGUCAACGGGGGUAUGGUCAACGGGGGUAUGGUCAACGGGAGUAUGGUCGACUGGGGUAUGGUCAACGGGGGUAUGGUCAACGGGGGUAUGGUCAACGGGAGUAUGGUCAACGGGGGUAUAGUCAACGGAGGUAUGGUCAACGGGAGUAUGGUCAACGGGGGUAUAGUCAACGGAGGUAUGGUCAACGGGGGUAUGGUCAACGGUGGUAUGGUCAACGGGAGUAUGGUCAACGGGGGUAUGGUCAACGGGGGUAUGGUCAACGGGAGUAUGGUCGACGGGGGUAUGGUCAACGGGGGUAUGGUCAACGGGGGUAUGGUCAACGGGAGUAUGGUCAACGGGGGUAUAGUCAACGGGGGUAUGGUCAACGGGGGUAUGGUCAACGGGGGUAUGGUCAACGGGGGUAUGGUCAACGGGAGUAUGGUCAACGGGGGUAUAGUCAACGGAGGUAUGGUCAACGGGAGUAUGGUCAACGGGGGUAUAGUCAACGGAGGUAUGGUCAACGGGGGUAUGGUCAACGGUGGUAUGGUCAACGGGAGUAUGGUCAACGGGGGUAUGGUCAACGGGGGUAUGGUCAACGGGAGUAUGGUCGACGGGGGUAUGGUCAACGGGGGUAUGGUCAACGGGGGUAUGGUCAACGGGAGUAUGGUCAACGGGGGUAUGGUCAACGGGAGUAUGGUGUACGUUAGUAUGGUCAACGGGAGUAUGGUCAACGGGGGUAUGGUCAACGGGGAUAUGGUCAACGGUGGUAUGGUCAACGGGAGUAUGGUCAACGGGGGUAUGGUCAACGGCAGUAUGGUCAACGGGGGUAUGGUCAACGGCAGUAUGGUCAACGGGGGUAUGGUCAACGGCAGUAUGGUCAAGGGGGGUAUGGUCAAUGAGGGAAUGGUCAAUUUUCCCUGA